CACUGCCCAAAGACUGCUGAGCCCCUAUCUGUCCACCGCCACCACCCACUCUGGACACAGAACAUCCAGUCAUGGAUAAAAAUGAGCUGGUUCAGAAGGCCAAACUGGCCGAGCAGGCUGAGCGAUAUGAUGACAUGGCAGCCUGCAUGAAGUCUGUAACUGAGCAAGGAGCUGAAUUAUCCAAUGAGGAAAGGAAUCUCCUCUCAGUUGCUUAUAAAAAUGUUGUAGGAGCCCAUAGGUCACCUUGGAGGGUCGUCUCAAGUAUAGAACAAAAGACGGAAGGAGCUGAGAAAAAACAGCAGAUGGCUCGCGAAUACAGAGAGAAAAUUGAGACGGAGCUAAGAGAUAUCUGCAAUGAUGUACUGUCUCUUUUGGAAAAGUUCUUGAUCCCCAGUGCUUCACAAGCAGAGAGCAAAGUCUUCUAUUUGAAAAUGAAAGGAGAUUACUACCGUUACUUGGCUGAGGUUGCCGCUGGGGAUGACAAGAAAGGGAUUGUGGAUCAGUCACAACAAGUGUACCAAGAAGCUUUUGAAAUCAGCAAAAAGGAAAUGCAACCAACACAUCCUAUCAGACUGGGUCUGGCCCUUAACUUCUGUGUGUUCUAUUAUGAGAUUCUGAACUCCCCAGAGAAAGCCUGCUCUCUUGCAAAGACAGCUUUUGAUGAAGCCAUUGCUGAACUUGAUACAUUAAGUGAAGAGUCAUACAAAGACAGCACGCUAAUAAUGCAAUUACUGAGGGACAACUUGACACUGUGGACAUCAGAUACCCAAGUAAACGAAGGUGAAGCAGGAGAAGGAGUGGAAAAUUAACCGGCCUUCCAGCUUUUGUCUGCCUCAUUCUAAAAUUUACACAGUAGACCAUUUGUCAUCCAUGCUGUCCCACAAAUAGUUUUUUGUUUAUGACUUAUGACAGGUUUAUGUUACUUCUAUU